CGGGCGAGAAGAUGGCGGCGCUGGGGGAGCCUGUGCGGCUGGAGAGAGAAUUCAAGAUGAUGGGAUGAGCCCUUUUGCACCUAGCCUGUACAUCUGCAGAGCUAUUGAGUUGCUGGAAAAAUUACAGAGGAGUGGAGAAGUACCACCACAAAAACUACAGGCUUUGCAAAGGGUCCUUCAAAGUGAGUUCUGUAAUGCUGUGAGAGAGGUAUAUGAGCACGUAUAUGAAACUGUGGACAUCAGCAGUAGCCCAGAAGUGAGAGCUAAUGCUACAGCAAAGGCCACAGUUGCUGCAUUUGCUGCCAGCGAAGGUCAUUCACAUCCCAGAGUUGUUGAACUGCCAAAAACAGAAGAAGGUCUUGGAUUCAACAUUAUGGGAGGCAAAGAGCAAAACUCUCCAAUCUAUAUCUCUCGAAUUAUCCCAGGCGGUAUAGCUGAUAGACAUGGGGGACUGAAACGUGGAGACCAGCUUCUUUCUGUAAACGGAGUGAGCGUCGAAGGAGAACAUCAUGAAAAAGCAGUAGAACUGCUGAAAGCAGCUCAAGGAAAGGUUAAGUUAGUAGUACGUUACACACCAAAGGUCCUGGAAGAGAUGGAGUCACGAUUUGAAAAAAUGAGAUCGGCAAAACGCAGACAACAGAACUAAUACUGUACACUAUAAUUCAUGGAGAAAAUUAUAUUCGGUUUUACAAUUAACAGUUUCAUUUGUGACCUAACAACUUUAACUGCCCUAAACUAUAAAAGAUGCUAUCCUUGGGGGUGGGGGGGAAUCUAUUUGCAAUUUUAUAAAUGCCUUCCCUAUUAACAUCACUUAGUUCUAAAACACCCAAAUGCUUCUUGAAAAAAGUUUACAUGAGCAUUUCUAUCCAGUUGUUCUUACAGAUCUUUUGCAAAUAAAAUCUUUAACUGUUAAGAAAAAUUUAUAGACUUUUUUAAAAUGCAUUUUUAAUAACAUGUACUUCUACUUUUGUAACAUUUUUUUUUCUAAAGAUUUUCAUUUGGCAUUAUUUUAAAAUUGAUGAAAGUCUUCAAAAAUUUUUUGUGCUUAAUGAUUAAAAAAUCAAAGACUUUUACCUAAUGAAGCUUUUGGCACUUUUCUUCUUAAAAGCAUACUGUACAUCAGCUACAUAAAGCUAAUCAUGACUUAUUGUGUCGUUGGUAAUAAGUACUGGAUUUUGUAAUUUUUUGAUGAGUGCAUUGUUUUUACAUAUGUGCUAGGUCAUACCUCACUAUGAUAAAUGUUAACUUGGAAAUUUUGUUACCUCUUCUGUAAAUAAUCUACAAUGAACAUUCACUUAUAAAUGAUUUUUUAAUAACUGACCUCUAAAAAUCUGGAACAAUCAUUCCUAUAAUUUAUAUUAUUUUAUACUAAUUUUUGAGCAGUUAGAGAAAAGUUGUAUAUUGAUUGAUUGCAUCCAUGUCUAUUCAUAUUCAGAAAAAAGAACAAUAUAUUUAAUGCAAUGCAGAAAGAAUUUCAUAUGUAUUUCCCUGACUUUUCCACUUCUUCUUUUAAAAGGUAUUUGUUCUAACUGGGAUUUGAAUUUGUCCUACUGCAAUCCUUCCAUUUAUAGAGAUGAGUCGCACAGGGUUGGGAGUAGUUAAUACCUAAAUUAAUAAAGAUUUUCCCUUUUGUGAAACUAAACAAUGGUGUGGGAUAUCCUGGUUGACAGCUAUAGUGAUCUGCAAAAGUUAACAAACCUCACAAAAUUGUCUGUAAGAUUCCAAAAGAAGAAAAAUACUGAUAACAUCGUAUUUUAACAAAAUGUGAUUUAUUAUUAGCUAUUUCUAAUCUGGAGAAAUCUGAUUCUUCUGGUUUCUAGUUCAAAAUGAGCAGUAUCAUAAUAUACCAUGAAUAGAGAAUGUGGUGUUACCUGCUUUGGGGUAGGAACGAGGAAAUCUGCAGAUCAGAUGCCUCCCAGAUGUGAAGUGACUAAUGACACACUCGGUUGUGGUGCAGUGUUAUUUUUAAGCACAGUUGAGAGUAUUACAAUUUUGAACAGCUACAUAAUUUUUGGAGUCUACCAAGUUCUGGAUUGUGCCCUUUUCUGUAAUGACUUCACCUCUUAAUAUACAUCUAGACGUAGCUUGACAGCAUACUGGGUGUCUGUUCAAUUGAAAGGCAGCUUUAAGUGCAUCCUACUGACUAUAAACAAGUUAGUUCUUAGAUGCUUAAACUGAAAAGUGCAGUUCUGAGUGUCUGGCUCAUUUCUAAGCUGUGCUCACAUGGAAUAACAUGAAGUCAGUUGUAAACUUAAUUCUACUGUGUGAAAGAUGGUAAAAGGUUAAAAAUUUAAAAACGAUGGCAUGAAGUUUAUGCUUAGCUGGCCCAGUGUAUAAGUAGUAAUACUUGCAUGGUUGCUACAAGCAAGGUAGAAAUGUGAACCCUUUCGGGCUGUUUAUAAGCAUUGUAAGCCUGUAAAGAUAAUAUUUUAAAGAUUUUUGAGAGUAGAGUCUGAAAUGCAAUAUGAAUAUUUAUCAGAUGAUAUUGAGCACUGAAUUACAUGACUGAGUAUUGUUAGCCUGUUUCAGAAGGCUGCUUCUUACUGGUGGGGCCAUGUUCUGAACUGUGUAUUUUUAUGGAAUGAUUAAUGUUUAAAAUAUUUAGACCAAAAUCAGUAGUUAGGCCAAUCAUGGAAAUGAUUUAAUUUAAUUGUAAAAUAGUAGAGAAUUGUUUUUAGAGCUUUAUAUAUAAAAGAGAAGUAUGAGUACAAGUAAAGACAAUAAUAUGUAUUAUAAAACUCGUAUACUUUGUGUUACUGGGUAAAGCACUGUGUUGUGUUACCCUAAAGAAAUAUUUACUUUAGUGUAUCUAGAGCUGCUAUAGGUAAAUGCAUUAGCAUUUCCAUUAUAAAUGAUGGCUUUUGAAUUCAGUAAAUCAACUGUUCCAAAACUCUUUGGGUUGAACCUUGGCAUACGUGCUAUUGUGUGUGUGUGUGUGUUGGGAGUCGGGUUAAUAAAAAAAACAAUUGAAAUUACUUGGUUUUUUGGGUUCUAAAAUUGCAGUUAUUACAUUAGCAGUCUGUCCUCUUGCAUGGUCUGAAAGCUCUCUGUAAUUUUUAAAGUAAGGAUGGGUUAAAGGUCACCAAGAAACUUACAUUCUUUACUUAUUACUGAGUAGGUGCAGGGGUUGCACUGUGUUAGUACACAGUCCCUACACGUGCAAUACUUGGGCACACCAUCAUGAGUUAAGGACGGAUGUAAUUUCUGUGGAUGAUGUUAUGCACCUGUUGAGAGGCACUUGAUUUUAAGAACACAGAAAAUAAAAAGGUGGAAUUACACAUUUUUGUGUGUAGAUUUUUUUUUUUUUGCUUUCUCAUUUGCUACUCUACUUUCAGUGAACCUUACAAAAGAGUAUGUUGUGACUGGCUAUUCAAAAUCUCACUUGCUGUGGCUGGCAAUUCAGAAUCACUCAUGGAGCUGAGCGUAUUCAUAUCAGGUGCAUACGGCUAUGCAAAUGAAAAUGCAUAUAUGGAAGUUAAUCCUAUCAAGUUUACAUUUUGGUCUGCUCUCUUAACAGCUAAUUGGGUUGGGUUUGAGGGGCUCACUUUUUUUUUCCUUAUUUUGCAGUCUGUCUGGAGUUAAUAGAAAUACUAGUGAAAAAUUCCUGUGAUUAUGGAGGUACUGCCAUCUGUCUCACAUGAGUACCUGAAUUACUAUGACUACUGUGUAAGGUCGUCAUCUUCUUUGAUAAAAUAUGCCUGGCUUGGGAUAAAACACUUCAGUACUGAACAAAAUGCUGAUUUUUUUUUUUUUUUAGUGUCCAAGCUUAUCUAUAUUAAAAGGAUAUUGUUUUUUACUAGACUAGAUUAUAUAUUCAAAUAAAUACACAAGUCC